CUGACGCUGUUUCCUCCUCCCUCCUCCUGCCGCAGACUCUCCAUCCAGCCUCGCCUCUCUUUGACUCCCUGCAGCGGCCGCCUGCCACAAACAAACCGACCACCCGACCCACCACGGGACCGGGGACCGGACCGGACCGGUACACAGGACCGAAGAGCCCAGAGGAGGGAAGGACCAUGACAGAGAACACCAAAACGCACGUCAUCCUGCUGUCCUGCGGCAGCUUCAACCCCAUCACCAAGGGACACAUCCAUAUGUUCGAAAAAGCCAGAGAGUAUCUGCACAAAACGGGGCGAUUCAUUGUGAUCGGAGGGAUCAUCUCACCAGUACACGACUCCUAUGGAAAACCUGGCCUCGUGUCGAGCAGACAUCGUCUCACCAUGUGUCAGCUCGCCGUCCAGUCCUCUGACUGGAUCAGGGUGGACCCCUGGGAGUGUUAUCAGGACACCUGGCAGACCACCUGCAGCGUGCUGGAGCAUCACCGCGACCUCAUGAAGAGAGUCACCGGCUGCAUCCUGUCCAAUGUCAACACGCCGUCCACCACUCCUGUGAUUGGUCAGCCACAGAACCAGACCACGCCUAUCUACCAGAACCACAACAACAUGAAUCACAGCCCCACAGCCAUCAAACUGUGGGGGAAGAUCAGUGAGAGUUUGGGCAAAAUCUGCUGCGUCCGCCCACACAUCGAGCGCUUCACCUUUGUCGAUGAAAAUGCCAACCUGGGGACUGCCAUGAGAUACGAGGAGAUCGAGUUGCGCAUCUUGCUCCUGUGUGGCAGUGAUCUCCUGGAGUCCUUCUGCAUCCCUGGCCUGUGGAAGGACAGUGAUAUGGAGGUGAUCGUCGGGGAUUUCGGGAUCGUAGUGGUUCCACGUGACGGAGCCGACACGGAGAGGAUCAUGAACCACUCCUCCAUCCUCCGCAAGUACAAGGACAACAUCACUGUGGUGAAGGAUGCAACGAACCAUCCGAUGGCCAUCGUCAGCUCCACCAAGAGCAGACUGGCCCUGCAGCACGGCGACGGCCACGUGGUGGACUACCUGAGUCAGCCUGUUAUCGACUACAUCCUGCAGAGUCAACUGUACAUCAACGCCUCGGGAUAAAGGCCUGCAGCAAGAAAACAGGAAGCGUGGAGGUGUAGGGGUGUGGGGGGGCGGAUACCUUCAACCAUCAUCUAUAUAAAUAUACUGUAACCCCUCCCCUCCCCUGAAAACUAAAACGUCCUUGUCUGUCUUCUGUGUCAAACAUAUACUCUUCUUUGAGCUGUCGCUUUCCAACAGGAGCUUUCGUGUCCCUCCUUCUGUCUGUGUCAUGUGACCUACCAUCAGGGAGGGAGGGAGGGGAGGGGAAGGACGACAGGUUGGGGGAUGCAUGACACAUGUCCGGGUGGAAAAAUGGUGGAAUUACUGGGCUUCAUGCAAGAGCCGCUUCGACCAACAGUUUGCUCUUCUUUGGAGCUUAAAGAUCAAACAUCGAAGCUCGAAAUUUAAAGUCUACCUGAAAUUCGCACCGAUUGCUGCUCAGAAUAAUUCUCAACCUGCAAUAUUUGUGUUACCUCAGUGACAUUUUACCAAAAAACAGAUUAAAGUUUUAUUUAUUUUUCUGAAUCUUUCUGUCACUUUGGUGCUGACACCCAAAUAUCUUUAUGCCACUUCAACCAAGUUUUAGCUGACUCGAUUAGAUCCUGAAGUUACAGCAUGUCUUCUUACUACGUCUAGUGAACUGUAGACCAUAAGGUAGAAUUCAACUGAUUUCCCCGACUAUUUACAGGGUAGUUCUAAAAAAUAGAUGCAUACCUCCCUGGAAUAAUGUAGCAGUUACACUCAUAAUUUGCUUUUCUAAUGCAAAGCAUGCACAUUUUGCAUUUUUCUUGAUAGUACCUCAUGUAAGUAUGUGCAGGAUUAUCAAUGAUGUCCAAUUCUUUUCAGUCUCUGUCAGCAAAAAAUUGGAAAUGCCUUUAAAAAUUGGACUUUUGUGUUGUGAAAACCUCCUUUAAUCUACUUUUCAGCAACAUUUCUCGACUCCAUCCUUUUGGUCACAGUAAAUCCCAGACGUUUGCUUGUUUUUCUACCACUUGCUUUGACUUUUGGAUUCUGCCAGGUCCCAAUGCAGCCCUGGCCUUGAAAACUAAAUGUGAAAACAUCCAUCCAUCGAAUUUCUUACAAUUAUCUCAGGAGGCAACAGGUAAUUCCAGGCAUCCUUCUCCCCAGCUCCUACUUUAAGAUCCCAAAGUGUUCCUGGGUUGGAUGAGAUACAUAAUCCCUCCAGUGAGUUCUGGUUGACCUCUUCCAUCCGGAAAUCCUCCAAUGGAAGUCACCCUGGAAGCAUCCUAAUUAGAUACUCAAAUCAUUUCAAUUGACUUCUUUCAAUGCCAAGGAACAUCUGGAUGUCUGAAGACAAGUCUACGAGAAAUCUGAGCCUCAUAGAUCUGAAGAUAGUUAGAACCAAACCAAGAUGCAAUCUGCUUAACCAGACAGAACCCUGCUAGAAUCUUUUUGGACAAAAACCUUCUGCACUCUCACCCAACCGGUCGAGGCAGAUGGCCUGGUCAGAGUUGUUUUUCUUUCUCCUUCCAAUGCUAGGGGCUUUUUUUGUUCCUUCCCACCAUCGCUCAUAUGGAAUCCAAGGGCUCCUUUGGAGUGUAGGGUUUUCUAUGUUCUCAGUAAUUCAUAAGGUCUGUACCUUACUAUGGUAAGUGAAUUUAGAAGGCAUAUGUUGUGAAUCUGCGGUAUAUGAAUUGGAAUUCAAGUUCUCUUUAUGUUUCCAGUUUUUAAUUGCCAGAAUGGUUUUCUCAAGACAGGACAACAUUCUUUAAAAUUCUAAAAAGGAAAAGUUAUGCAUGAAGGGUUAACGAGCCGUCGUAUCCCGUUGUGUCCGUCUUUACGUACGGUCUGCAGUGGAAAUUUGUUUGUGAAAAAAACUCCUCUGAGAUAAGAUCGGAACGUAAAAGUGUUUCUUGCAUGAAGCCCUCGUUGUUCUGUGAAGUCUGCCGCCGUCUUAAAAUCACUAAAUCUCUAAAAUGUCUCACGUGACGGGAUGAUGGUUCAGUUCGACUGGCGCGCAACCGCAGGUAACCGUAGCAACGGUUGUGAUGCUGCAGGCUGUGGUUUGAACACAGAUAAAGGAGGCUGCAGGUUGUCAUGUGGUCCUCUGAUGAUAAUGAUGGUACUUUUUUGUAAAGAUGUAAUGCUCAGCAGCAGCCAUGUUGUUGCUGUUGUUGUUGACGACUGAGUCUCAGACAGUUUUGUUUCCUCUUCGUUUGCUCCUGUUCUUAGACUGCAUGCUUAGACAGUUUGGUUCUGGCAUGAACGUUUAUCACUCGGUAGAUUCUGAUCUGUUGUGAACGUGUUUGCAAAAAAUAAAAAGAAAGAAAGAACACAAAAAAUAAAUAUCUAUAAAUAUAAAUUAAAUAUAGCUACAGUGGGGCUCAUCGUCGCCCACGUCUGUCCAUUUUCUAUCCACUCUGUAAAUGUACAGAUCUCAUCAGUGUAAAAUGUUUGCAAUGAUUUCUACAUGCGUGUGUGUGCGUGCGUGUGUGUGUUUGCAGGAUUUUAGCUUCCUGACAGUCACAAUCUGUUGUAACAUGUAGCUGAAAACGAGUCCAGUUUUCCGUAUUAAUCUGCCUUGUUUUGUUGCGCUGACUUCUUCUGAUUGUAAACUGUGAUGCACUGUUUAAAAAUGACAUUUUAAAUCUGUCUGUCUGUGUGUGUUGAGAUUUAUCAGCACAAAUGUGUGUUUACAGAUCAGGACUGAAAUUUUAUGUAAUGAUCGCGAGGACAGCGAAUCUCAAAGAAGACGAGAAGGAGGUAUGAGUGAAGCUGAAUUUCAUUUUCAAAACAAAAAAGGGAGUUUUGAUUCUUUACUGAUUUAAAACUGCGAUUACAUUUACACCCCACUGCUGGCAAAAUAAAAUAUUUCUAUGAGGAAAUCA